CCAACGUCUGCUUUCAACUCCUGUAUACUGGGAACUUGGCUGUUAAUGGAAUUUGAGUACGGACCUCACAUAAUCACAGACGACUGAGUCCAAUGACUGACAUGUUUCGUGAUACUGGAACUGAAGAUAGGGUUGUUUUUGUAGAGUCUGAGGAGAGGGACGAUGAACUUCAAACUGAGCUCAGACCAGUGACAGCAAUGAAACCUCCAGCUUACGUUCCAAUGCAGGUGAGGGCCUAUGAUGGGCCCUCUGGACAGCCUGGAGGAUCUGUAUUGGUUCAGCACACCACUGUGAACGUCAUCACUGAGCCUCCAAAGGACCAUUUUAUCUGGUCCCUCCUCUGCUUUCUCUACUCAUACCCUUGGUGUUGUCUUGGACUUGCAGCUCUCAUUUAUUCUAUCAAGGCCAGAGACCGGAAGGUGGCCGGAGAUCUGGAGGGUGCACGACGUCAUGGGCUCACUGCCCGUGGGCUUAACAUUGCCGCCACAUUCGUGUUUGCCAUUGGAUUUGUGAUUGUAAUUAUUACAAUCAGUUCUGUGACUGCAAAUCUAUCUGCUUAGGCUCACAGAGAACCGUUUACACCGGGAUUAAGUUAGUUGCUUCUUUGACUUGUUAUUAAGCCUCAUAUUCUGUACAAGGAAAACACAGCUUCAGACCCACUGUUUAAUUUCAGAAAUAGGGGUGUGUUCUAAUAGUUCAUUUUGCUUAGUCUCUCAGUUAGGAACUGUGGCGGUCAUAAUUAAAGCUGUUCCAAUUAUCCAAAUACUAAGGAAAGGUGCUUGAUUGCUUCUUUUAUUGCUUCCUUUAGCAUAGGGUACACUGGAGCAUCCUUU